UUAUGUUUAAAAAUCCCAUACUGCAAUGUUGCAGGGUGUAGGACUCUGAUAUGAUGCAUAUGAUACUGUUAAAAGAUAAUUUUUUUUAAUCACCAAGAAAAUAAUAAAAAUAUAAUGAAAACCAAAAGGUUUGGCCCCCAUGGAUCCGACGGUUUGGAAUUGAUGUUGGAAAGGCAGCAAUAACCCAAAAAAGAAAAGAAAACAAGGAUGACGAUUGGAGCAGGGAUUUCAGUGGCUGAUGGGAAGCUUACGGUGUUGGGAAAUACAGUGUUGGUGGAUGUACCUGAUAAUAUAGUGGUCACUCCGGCCACCGGUGGUGCAUUGGCUAAUGGGGCCUUCGUCGGUGUCACCUCCGACCAGAUGGGUUGCCGGAGGGUCUUUCCUGUUGGCAAGCUCCAGGGAUUGCGGUUUAUGUGUGUUUUUCGAUUCAAGUUGUGGUGGAUGACACAGAGGAUGGGUACUUGCGGGAAAGAUAUUCCGUUUGAGACCCAGUUCUUGAUUGUUGAAUCACAAUCAGAAUCAGGAGGUUCUCAUUCUGAUGAAGGAGGCAGAGUUGGAGUUGAUGAAUCUUCAGUAUACACUGUUUUCUUACCAAUUCUGGAAGGUGACUUUAGGGCUGUUCUUCAAGGGAAUGAACAUGAUGAGCUUGAAAUCUGUUUGGAAAGUGGAGAUCCUGCUGUCGAUGAAUUUGGUGGUAGUCAUUUGGUUUUUGUUGGAGCUGGAUCAAACCCAUUUGAUGUCAUCACAAACGCAGUCAAGACUGUGGAGAAACAUUUACUAACGUUCAGUCACCGCGAGAGAAAGAAGAUGCCAGACAUGGUGAACUGGUUCGGAUGGUGUACUUGGGAUGCUUUCUAUACUGAUGUUACUUCUGAGGGAGUAAAGCAAGGAUUAGAGAGCCUAGAGAAAGGAGGAAUUCCUCCCAAGUUUGUUAUAAUCGAUGACGGAUGGCAAUCGGUCAGCAUGGAUCCCAAUGGCAUCGAAUACAAGGCUGAUAACACAGCAAACUUUGCUAACAGGUUGACACACAUCAAAGAGAAUCACAAAUUCCAGAAAGAUGGCAAAGAGGGUCACAGAGUAGAGGAUCCAGCUUUGGGACUUCGCCAUAUAGUUUCCGAAAUUAAGGAAAAACAUGCUCUAAAGUAUGUUUAUGUGUGGCAUGCGAUAACGGGGUACUGGGGUGGUGUUAGACCUGGUAUUACCGAAAUGGAUCACUACGAAUCCAAGUUGGCUUAUCCUGUUUCAUCUCCAGGAGUUGAGUCAAUUGAGCAUUGUGAUGCCUUGAAAAGCAUUACCACAAAUGGUCUUGGCCUUGUGAACCCUGAGAAAGUUUUUAACUUCUACAAUGAACUCCACUCGUACCUCUCAUCAGCCGGUAUCAAUGGAGUCAAAGUUGAUGUCCAGAACAUACUUGAAACUCUAGGAGCAGGACAUGGAGGAAGGGUAAAACUUGCAAGGAAAUACCAUCAGGCAUUGGAGGCAUCCAUUGCUAGGAACUUCCCAGACAACGGAAUCAUUUCUUGUAUGAGUCACAAUACAGAUGGUUUAUACAGCGCAAAGCGAACUGCAGUUAUUAGGGCAUCUGAUGAUUUCUUUCCAAGAGAUCCUGCAUCGCACACAAUUCAUAUUGCAUCGGUUGCUUACAACACAGUGUUUCUUGGGGAAUUCAUGCAGCCGGACUGGGAUAUGUUCCAUAGCCUACACCCAAUGGCUGAAUACCAUGGAGCGGCUCGUGCAGUUGGGGGAUGUGCAAUAUAUGUCAGCGACAAGCCUGGACAACAUGACUUUAACCUUCUCAAGAAGCUUGUACUUCCUGAUGGUUCUAUCUUGAGGGCUAAGCUACCAGGAAGACCAACAAGGGAUUGCUUAUUUUCUGAUCCUACCACAGAUGGUAAAAGUCUUCUAAAGAUAUGGAAUUUGAACAACUUUACUGGUGUGGUGGGAGUCUUCAACUGUCAGGGAGCUGGAUGGUGUAAGGUUAGCAAAAAGAACCUUAUCCAUGAUGAAAAUCCGGAAACAAUAACCGGAAUCAUUAGGGCUAAAGAUGUUGAUCAUCUGCCAAAGGUUGCCGACGAGAAAUGGACUGGAGAUGCUGUUGUAUAUUCCCACCUUGGUGGAGAAGUUGUCUAUCUUCCUAAGGAUGUAUCUUUACCAAUAACACUUAAAUCCAGAGAAUAUGAAGUUUUUACAGUAGUCCCUGUCAAGGAAUUGUCAAAUGGUGUUAGAUUUGCUCCCAUUGGUCUUUUGAAGAUGUUCAACUCAGGAGGAGCAAUCAUAGAACUUGAUUAUGAGUCCAAAAGAAGUGCGGCAGUUGCCAUGACGAUUCGCGGUUGCGGUGUAUUUGGUGCCUAUUCGUCAUCCCGGCCAAAGAGGAUUACAGUUGAUGAUGGUUCAGAGGAAAUGGAGUUUGGAUAUGAAGAAGGAUCUGGUUUGGUAACUGUUGCAUUGAGGGUUCCAGAUGGAGAAUUAUUUGUUUGGAAUGUAACUAUUGAGCUAUGAAGUAUGUAGUUGUAAGAUUAUGUAUUAUUGUAGAAUUAGGAAAAUCCAUUUGGGGGGGAGAUUAUUAUUAUUAGUAGUGGUGGUAGUAGUAGUAGGAGGAGGAGGAGGAGGAGCUUUCUCAAAUAAUCUUCCAACUUAAUGUAGGAAUUGUUUCCCCCUUAAGGAUCUUUGCAAUUUGCUUAAUUGUAAGCUGAAUGGAAAAAAUGGUGGCUUUUUAAAUCCCACAAAAAAUGUAGUCUACAAGCCAUACUCAAGAAAAAUAACAAGAUAAUCAACA